CUGCUUGUGUCCCUCUGGCUGUCUGCCAUAUUGCCUCUCUCAUCUCUCAAUACACUUGUCCCACUUAUAGACUUCCCUCCCUCUUGCUCACGUCCUCUUGUACAUUUUCACACCGUGCUGGUCCCCUGAGAGGCUUCACCCUGGCGAGCACCAUUGGAGUCAAGGGGGAGGAGGACUUUUUGACACUGGCUGCUUCGCGCCUCAGCCGCAGGAAGCGUGUGAUUGGCGCGGCCGUAGGUGUAGCUAUGGUACUCAUUUUACUGGUGGCCAUUCCCCUGUUGGUCCACACAACCAAAGGAGGAAACACGGGAACUGAGGGGAGCCAUUACGAGAUGCUCGGAAGCUGCCGGAUGGUCUGUGAUCCCUACACCACCUCGCAGCCAGGCCAAGAAUUAGCAGCGGUGUCUCCGCCACCCCAGGAUUACUCUGGGAAGAAGAUCAGGUCCGGCAUCCGGGGACCCCCGGGGAUACCUGGCCCCCCGGGAGCACGUGGGCCCCCUGGGGAACCAGGCAAGCCGGGACCGCAAGGUCCACCAGGUCCCGGACCUGGUGGCUAUUCUCCCUCACUCUACACUCCCAAAAUUGCCUUUUAUGCAGGGCUUCGCAAGCAGCAUGAGGGGAGCGAAGUACUGAAAUUUGAUGACGUGGUAACCAACGUGGGCAACUACUACGAGCCCAGCACGGGCAAGUUCACUUGCCCGUUGCCUGGCAUCUACUUUUUCACCUACCAUGUGCUCAUGAGAGGGGGUGAUGGCACCAGCAUGUGGGCGGACCUGAAGAAAAAUGGACUGGUACGAGCUAGCGCAAUCGCUCAGGACGCUGAUCAGAACUACGACUACGCCUCCAACAGUGUGAUCUUGCAUUUGGACGUGGGGGAUGAGGUCUGCGUGCAGCUGGACGGCGGAAAGGUCCACGGGGGCAACACAAACAAGUACAGCACCUUCUCCGGAUUCCUCAUCUACCCAGACUGACGGACCUGAUCA